AUGGCCUUUUCCGUGGCCAAGAUCUCAGCGUCCUUCACCGUGUUCAUGGCCCUGGCCUUCCUCCUUAGCCCCUGCGCGUCCGUCGAGCUCCACCGCAAGCUCUCCGGCUGGUCCAACGGCGGCGCCACCUGGUACGGCGGCCCCAACGGCGCAGGGAGCGACGGUGGUGCAUGCGGGUACCAGGACGCCGUCGACCAGCCGCCCUUCUCCUCCAUGAUCGCCGCCGGCAGCCCGUCCAUCUACCAGGACGGCAAGGGCUGCGGCUCUUGCUACCAGGUGAAGUGCACCGGCCACGGCUCUUGCUCGUCCAGCCCGGUGACCGUCGUCCUCACCGACUUUUGCCCUGACGGGACGUGCCAGGAGGAGCCCGUCCACUUCGACCUGAGCGGGACGGCGUUCGGCGGCAUGGCGAAGCCCGGCCAGGCCGACCAGCUCCGCGCGGCCGGACGUCUCCAAAUCCAGUACACACGGGUCCCGUGCAGCUGGCCGGGGAUGGACAUAGCCUUCAAGGUGGACGCCGGCUCCAACUCCUACUACCUCGCCAUGCUCAUCGAGUACGAGGACGGCGACGGCGACCUGUCGUCGGGAAAACAAUCGGAGGGGAGGAAGAAACUCACGGAGGGGAGGGAGAAGCUCACUGGGCAGGCUACCCCAUCAUCUAUCUUAGGAUGGGAGGUGGGGGCGGCAGCACGGCGGCGACGGGGGUGGCAGCACAGCGGCGGCGCAAGUUCGCCCGGGGAAAAUUACGUCAGCACCGGGGCUAAAGGGAUGGCCGGGGGCAAAGGUAGUAUGUUGGUCGAAGGGGGUUCCAGGGAGGGCGGGGCGGUGAGGCUGCGCGGGAGCGCCGACGGCCGCGGGCAGUGGUAG